AUCCAAUCUGCGAAGCUAAGAAAGGGCGUUGUACUCGGAGGUGGAUUAUUGUGUGUUAAAUGUUGAAAACUUUAAUUCUGUUUAGACAUAAUUGUGAACUCCACGUACCUAUUAUGAGUACAAAUUACGACAAUGUCCUUGUAUGACAGCCCAUGGAAUUAUACGUCAACAUCCACAACAACUACAUAUCCGUUUUUUACUACUACAACUCACAACCCACGAUUGCAUGAGAAAAUUUAUGGAGACUUCACAGCAUUUUAUGUAACUAUAACAAUUUGUACCGUUCUGGGUGCAUUUCUGUUUCUGGUUAACAUAGCGUUGUGUUGCUGCUCAAGAUAUAAGAAUUAUUGGCAAGAUAGUAACACAGGUAAUCGUUGGAUUCUUCCCAUCUGGACUAAGACUCCACAUAACCAGCCUCCACUGGAUUACACAGAACUAGAGAAGUGUCCAGUGCCACCACAGCAGGUGUUUGAUACAGCAGAAGUACCUUUGGAGUAUAUGGAAUUAACACACAAGAAAGAGAGUGAUCUGUAAGAUUUGUAACAUUAACAUUUUUAAGAAUCAAGAUGUUUCAUGUGUACUGGCCAGCUGUUACUGCACUUACAAUGCUAGUGUUCUUGGGAGUAAUUG